AUGGAAACAAGGUGGCUUCCACCCACAUAUCGUCAAGAUGCAAUCAAAAGGGUGUAUUUGUUGAAACAAGGGUGGAAAAGCAUGGAAGAGUACUUUGAUGAGUUUGAGGACUUAUGGAUGAAAGCCAAGCUAGAAGAACAAGAGAAGUGCACUAUUAUAAUGUUCGUAGCCUUCUUGAACAAUGACAUUGCUAAACCCAUGAGGCUUAAGACUUACAAUAGUCUAGAAGAGUCAUUCCAUGAUGCAUCCAUGGUUGAAGCGGAUCUAAAGGAGGAGAAAUCUUAUAAAGACAAAGGCAAGUCAUCUUCAACUUGGAGCAAAGGCACAGAUAAAUGGAAAACUUCCACUUGGGAAAAGCCCAAGACCAACACCCUAACACCUCAAGCAAAGUUUGACUACAAAGCCAAGGGUGAUGUUAAGGUUAAAGGAGGAAGAGGGCACUAUGUAAGUGAGUGUCCCAAUCGGAGGACUAUCACCAUUGUGAGGUAUGGGUACCGGACCAAAGAUGAAGAUGAGAGCGAGAAUUGUAAUGAUGAUGAGGGAGAAAGAAGUGAGUGUGAGGGUGAUUCCGAUGAAGAGGCUGUGAUAAGGUGUGAAGAAGCCUUGAAUUAUGCUAUUGUGGCUAGAAGAGUCAUGGGGGCUCUAGCUAGGGAAGCGAGUGACCAAAGGGAGAAUUUUUUCUAUGCAAGGUGUAAAAUUGUGGAUAAGGUGUAUUCCUUGAUUAUUGAUGGUGGGAGUUGCACGAAUGUCUUUUGCCAAUUUUUAGUUGAAAGUAUGAAAUUCCCCACCUGCAAGCACACUAGUCCUUAUAAACUCCAAUGGUUUAAUGAAUGUGGUGAGAUGAGGGUCAACAAGCAAGCCAUCAUUAAAUUUAUCAUUGGUAAGUACCAAAAUGAGAUUUUGUGUGAUGUGGUACCCAUGAUAGCUUGCCAUCUAUUUCUUGGAAGACCUUGGCAAUUUGAUGUUGAUGCCCAACAUAGUGGGAGAACUAACAAAUACUCAUUUGUGGUCAAGGGGAAGAAGUGCAUUCUUAAUCCAAUAACCCCUUACCAAGUGAGUGAGGAUUAUAGAGUUAUGAGGGAGCUUCGAGAGAAGUAUCAAAAGGAAGAGAAGGAGAAGAGUGAGAGGGAGAUCUUGUUGGUCAUAAGUGGGGAGGGAACAUCUCAAGAUCAUUCCAAGAAUUGUUUGUUAGCCAAACCAAGUAAUUACUUAAAGGGGGUUGAUGAGAGACACUUCAUGGUGUGUUUUGUCAAUAAGGACCUUCUCUUAAAUUCUAACCAAGCUACUAGCACUUUGCCUAGUAGUAUAUCUUCUCUUUUGCAGGAAUAUGAAGCAUUGUUCCCGGAAGAGACGCCUAAUGGCUUACCUCCCUUGAGAGGUAUUGAGCAACAAAUUGAUUUUGUACCAGGUUCUCAAAUCCCGAACAAGCCAGCAUAUAGGAGCAAUCCAGAGGAAACAAAGGAAUUGCAAAGGAAAGUUGAGGAGCUACUCAACAAGGUUCUAGUCAAGCAGAGUCUUAGUCCUUGUGUCGUACCGGUAAUUCUCGUCCCAAAGAAAGAUGGCACUUGGAGGAUGUGA